AUCCUAGGAGGACCCUUUCUCCUCCGAGAGACAGCUAGCUCUCAGACCUUCCACAGCUCCCCUGUUCAAGACCACCCACCUUCUGGUACCAGGUCUUGCUCAUCUCGUUUUCUUCCGUGGGAUACUGAGACAUCCAAGUCAGAGUCUCCCUUCCACCCGUUCUCCCUUUUCCCUGAGGGCCUCAACUUUCCCCCAGGCCCACCUACCUUUCCCCGGGAGACCCCCAGCCCCUGCAGGGGCGGGGCCUCCCCGUCGCACCGGCCCUGUUUGUGUUCUCGGCAGUGCCGGGGGGCGCCGCCUCCCCCAUGCCGCCCUCCAGGCUGCGGCUGCUGCCGCUGCUGCUACCGCUGCUGUGGCUACUAGUGCUGUCGCCUGGCCGGCCAGCCGCGGGACUGUCCACCUGCAAAACCAUCGACAUGGAGCUGGUGAAACGGAAACGCAUCGAAGCCAUCCGCGGCCAAAUCCUGUCCAAGCUGCGGCUCGCCAGCCCCCCAAGCCAGGGGGAGGUGCCGCCCGGCCCGCUGCCCGAGGCGGUGGUCGCCCUGUACAACAGCACCCGCGACCGGGUGGCGGGGGAGAGCGCAGAGCCGGAGCCCGAGCCUGAGACAGACUACUACGCAAAGGAGGUCACCCGUGUGCUAAUGGUGGAAACCAACAACAAAAUCUAUGAUAGAUUCAAAGACAGUCCACACAGCAUAUAUAUGUUCUUCAACACAUCAGAGCUCCGAGAAGCAGUGUCGGAUCCCCUGUUGCUCUCCAGGGCAGAGCUUCGUCUCCUGAGGCUCAAAUUAAAAGUGGAGCAGCAUGUUGAACUCUAUCAGAAAUACAGCAACAAUUCCUGGCGCUACCUCAGCAACCGGUUGUUGGCCCCCAGCGACAUGCCAGAGUGGUUGUCUUUUGAUGUCACUGGAGUUGUGAGGCAGUGGUUGAGCCGCGAAGGGAAAAUGGAGGGUUUUCGCCUUAGUGCCCACUGCUCCUGUGACAGCAAAGAUAAUACACUUCAAGUGGACAUUAACGCAGGGUUCAGUUCCAGCCGCCGAGGUGACUUGGCCACCAUUCGUGGCAUGAACCGGCCCUUCCUGCUCCUCAUGGCCACCCCUCUGGAGAGGGCCCAGCAUCUGCACAGCUCCCGGCACCGCCGAGCCCUGGACACCAACUACUGCUUCAGCUCCACAGAGAAGAACUGCUGCGUGCGGCAGCUGUACAUUGACUUCCGCAAGGACCUGGGCUGGAAGUGGAUCCACGAGCCCAAGGGCUACCAUGCCAACUUCUGCCUGGGGCCCUGCCCCUACAUUUGGAGCCUGGACACACAGUACAGCAAGGUCCUGGCCCUUUACAACCAGCAUAACCCGGGCGCGUCGGCGGCGCCGUGUUGCGUGCCGCAGGCGCUGGAGCCGCUGCCCAUCGUGUACUACGUAGGCCGCAAGCCUAAGGUGGAGCAGCUGUCCAACAUGAUCGUGCGCUCCUGCAAGUGCAGCUGAGGCCCCGCCCCCGCCCUGGCCCGGCAGGCCCGGCCCCGCCCCGCCCCCAUGGGGGCUGUAUUUAAGGACACCCGCGCCCCAAGCCCACCUGGGGGCCCAUUAAAGGUGGAGAGAG